UUGUACUGCUCCCAGCACAGAGGGAACCUGGUGUCGGUUCACAGCCCGGUCAACAGGUGUUUGUCCAGGAUCUGGUCAGGAGACACACAGACCAGCCGGUCUGGAUAGGAGGCUACGAUGCAGCUCAGGAGGGGAUGUGGCUGUGGAGUGACGGCUCAGCUGUUGACAGUUUCUACUGGGAGGAGGAUGAGCCCAGUAACUCUGGACAGGGGGAGAACUGUAUGGAGCUACACACUGGAGGUGGGCAGGGCUGGAAUGACGUGUCCUGUGGAGAGCUGAGGUUCUAUGUGUGUUCUAUGGAGACAAGAUCUGGUUUAGCAGUAAUUCCAAGUCAGAAGAAAACACACGAGAGAGAGCUGGUUGAAGAGGUGAGUAUUUAUGACGUCCUGUGGGAGACCAGUGAGAGAGUAGCAGAUGAGAUCCUCGACUCAGCCUUCCUCAGAGGGAUGUAUUCCAGACGUCUGCCUGCCCGCUGCUAUGCUGACUUCUGCCACCAGGAGGUGCUAUACCUGGACAGAGUCAUCACCAUGCUGCGGGUGUUGAUCAGAACAGUCCAGGGUCCUCCAGACAUCAUGAUGUUUCUCCAGAGAACACAUCAACGCUACCAGGAGUCACUGAAGAAGGCCCAGAUCCAAACUCCACCACACCUG